AUUAUCAAUUUUCUGGAGCAUAAAAUAUCUCAAAAAAAGUCAGCAGACUAAAUCAACAAUGAGAACAAUUAUAAAAAAACCGUAAUUAUAAUCACUUUGUAGUAAUUAUAAUAAUAAAUAACAGCAAUUAGUAAACCACCAAUAAAAUGACAUUAAACUACAAUGAUAAGACACGGCAUUGACUAUCAUUGUAUAAAAACACUGAAAACCGUAAUCUCGUGAUAGUGAAUCCAAUUGUUCUCACUUCUGGCUUAAAAACAAACCAAAUAAUCGCAAUUAAAAAAAGCAUUGAACUUUAUAAAAAAUUAUUCGGUGAGGCGAAAAGAAAAUUUAUUAAUUUCCCGGAGUUGGUGCGCUCUAAGUCAAGUAUAAUCAAACAUUCUUUUACAACAAGUCACACGUGUGUCAGUGCUUGUAUCAGUACGCUUAGAAGCUCAUACCCGAUCUGACGUGCUCAAUUAUUAAUUAUUAGUCAGUGAUUUGAUGUUUUUUUAUAAUUAGUCAAGAUGAUGCGACAAAUAUCUGAAAUUUCGUAUGUUGGGGGGUUCAAAGUUAUAAAGAUGGUGAACGAGCAGGACCGCGAAGGCCAGGUGAUAAUUCCUCUGCAGUACAAUAACUCGCACUGGAAAGGUAUUUUUGAAAAGUAUGACCUAGAUGGUGAUGGCAAAAUCUCGUAUCAUGAAUUGAAAGAAAUGAUAAGAGGCUCUAGUUACAAUGAUGACAUUCCUCCGAGAGUUGUAAGGAUAAUUAUGCAAAAAGCUGAUCUAAAUGAUUCUGGAUUUUUGGAGUACCCAGAGUUUAUUGCUAUGAUUCACAGAAAAGACAUGCAAGGAGUAUUUGGUCACUUUUUAAAUCGUUAUGUCCAUAAAAUGGUUCCCCAAAGACCAACAUUGGAGACGCAGUACAGCGUGAGACCGUCAGUGGACUUUCCAGACGGAGUUUAUGAAGAAGAGUACAGCUGUAGGCCUCCAGCAAUUGCAAUGAUAAUAAUAUCAAUUAUAGAAACGAUAUUAUACCUGUAUGAUGUAAUAGUCGACAAACCUCUAGACGGACCAGCGUCUACCCUGUUUAUUUAUGACCCUCAUAGAAGAUACGAGGCCUGGAGGUACCUGACAUACAUGUUUGUCCAUGCUGGAGUCUUUCACAUAGUAGUGAAUCUACUAGUGCAAAUAAUGUUGGGAAUCCCCUUGGAAAUGGUCCAUAAAUGGUGGCGAGUACUGAUCAUAUACAUAGCUGGAGUAGUCGCUGGAUCUCUGGGGACUUCUGUGUCAGACCCAAAAGUGUUUCUAGCUGGUGCAUCUGGUGGAGUUUACGCUCUAAUAACUGCUCACGUCGCGACGAUAAUAAUGAACUGGCGACAAAUGGAGUUCGCAGCCCUGCAGCUAUGUGUCUUUGUAAUCGUGACCUCUGUCGAUGUCGGACAGGCUAUUUACAAGCGAUAUGUGCUCAACACCAUAGACCAGAUCGGGUAUGUUGCACAUUUUGCUGGUGCUAUUGCUGGAUUACUCGUCGGUAUAAACGUUCUUCGUAACCUAGAAGUUCAAACGUGGGAAAAGGCUGUUUGGUGGGCCAGUAUUAUUACAUACGUCGCUCUUAUGACUGCUGCUAUCCUCUGGAAUAUUUUGUACCCUUCUUAUUUUCCCCAGUCUAAGUAUAGUUCGUAGUAAUUAUUAUUAUUUAUUAUUUUUGUCGGUAUUAUUUUUUUACCUGGUUUUUUUAUUUUUUGUACCUUAGUAUAAAAGUAUCUGCACAAAUAUACAUAUAUUUAUAAUAGUAAUAAUUAUUAUUAGUUAUAAUAAAAUAAUUUUUUAUCUUAA